GAGUGGAGAAGAGGACACGCCUGUGUUUGCAAACUUGAUGUUUGUGUGUGUGCUUGAGUAAUAUGAGAGCAUGUGUGUCAGGGAGUGUUUCUAUCAUUCACACAACACUUUGUUCGACUACAGCGCAACGGGAGCAGUAAAAACUAAUUUCUCUCAGCAGCAGCCUCUUUUACUAACAGGUGACUGUCAGCAGCGACAACAUGCAGAAUGCAGAAUGCGUGUCAGCAACUAUAAGCACCAACAGGAACUGCACGGUGGAGAUCACCAACAUCAGCAGCGUCUACUGUCUCAUCAACCCAAAAGUAUACAUGUCCAGUGGGUACAGCUGUCAUCCUCCCCAGCCCACAAUCCGCUCCACCAAGACCGAGGUCUGCUCAUUCACUAAGAAUGACAACACUGCCACCGGUGCCGUGGGCAUCUUGACCUAUGAUCUCUUCCACAUGCAGAACCGCAUGUGCACUGAACGCAUGGCUAUACUGUUCUCCAUUCCCUUCGACUAUCAGCGCUACAAGAACGUCUUGGGAGUCGGGCUGUUCGAGAGCAGCCGUGGGUGCGAUAAGGCCCUGUAUAACCACAUGUACGACGGCAAAGACUUCAGCCAGUUCACCCGCAUGGAGGCAGUGGGGUCUGGAAUCGACCACAAGGCACACAAUGUUGAAUUAAGGGCGACCAUGUCAAAUGUGGGCAAAGCUAUUAUUAAAAUGGAGCUGUAUGAUAAGAUGGGCUGAAAAGAAAAAACAGUGUUUUGCCUGAUGGUAAUAAAACCAUUUAAAAAAAUAUUUUCUAAUUUGUUUAGUAUUCUUUUGUAUUCUCUUGUAGACAAAAAGAAGCAUUAUAAAUGGAUUAUAUACGUUUGUGUUUUACCAGUAAAUUCUCUCAAAAAGGUGACAAUAAAAAUUCCAAAUGCAAAAAUCUAA